CAGCAAAAAAAAAAUCCCAUUACAAUCUCGCACAAUAAUUCCAGCUUCAUUUUUACAGCUUUAAAACGAGUGGAUGAGAGGGGUUUUGGUCGGCUCAUGUGCAGGGCGCUAUGCUCAGGGUGAAACUCUGUCGGUAGAUUAUCAUUUGUAUUUUUUUCCUAGUUGGGUUGGACCGCUUUGGUUGAAUUGGAUUCAAAUAGAUGGGUUGCAAGGCCCAUGGUCAACGAAAUGGGCUCAAUCCAAAGUCCAAUUUCUACUUUCCCGGAAAUCAGAAUCUGAAGUUCGCAACGGCGGAAUAAUUGACAGUUGGGGGAACUCAGACUUGGAAAUCUCCCAGAAAGGAAAACAUGGCGGCCAAUUUCUGGACUUCGUCCCACUACAAACAGCUUUUGGAGCAGGAAGAUGUUGAUGUGGUGUCCCCGCUUGAUAAAGAGAAGGGCAUCACUCUUGAAGAUUUCAAGCUUAUAAAGAUGCAUAUGGCUAACUAUAUAUCAAGAUUGGCACAACUUGUAAAAGUGAGACAAAGGGUUGUAGCUACCGCAGUUACAUAUAUGAGACGUGCGUACACCAAGAAGAGUAUGUCUGAGUAUGAUCCACGUCUUGUAGCUCCAACCUGCCUGUACCUGGCAUCUAAAGCGGAAGAAAGCACAAGGCAAGCUAAACUUCUAGUAUUUUAUAUAAAAAAGAUGUAUUUGGAUGAUAAGUAUAGAUAUGAGGUCAAAGACAUACUUGAAAUGGAAAUGAAGAUUUUAGAAGCGCUCAACUAUUAUCUGGUUGUAUACCAUCCUUAUCGUUCAUUGUCUCAGUUGCUUCAAGAUGCAGGCUUAAACGAUAUAAGUAUGACUCAGUUAACUUGGGGAGUUGUAAAUGACACUUACAAGAUGGACCUUGCGCUUGUACAUCCUCCACACCUGAUUGCUUUAGCUUGCAUAUACAUUGCUAGCGUACUUAGAGAUAAAGAUACCACAGCAUGGUUUGAAGAGCUCCGUGUUGACAUGAAUGUGGUGAAAAACAUAUCAAUGGAGUUAUUAGAUUUCUACGAAAACCACCGCAUGAUCCCAGAGGAAAGGUUUAAUGCUGCACUCAACAAGCUAGCCUACAAACCAUAGAUGGCCGGACAAGCGUUCCCGCUAGCACAGCCAGUCAAUGUACGAAGAACUCUAUCAAUGUAUCUUUCACGGUAACCUUCUGGGAGAACAAUAGUGUCACAUAAAUCAGAAAGCUUCCUUUCGAUGAA